GGAGGCGAAGCUGCUGCAGCUGAACGGUAGAACAGGUUCGACCAUGCUGUGGUUUCUGGUGCUGACCUGUGCGCUCUGCAUGGGAGGACACGCUGUGGCGGGACAGAGAGAUGGAGAAAUUAUCAGUCAGAUUAAAAUGACGAACCUUGCGCUGGCUGAGAUUAAAGAGCUUCUGAAGCAACAGAUAAAAGAGAUAGUUUUCCUGAAGAACACAGUGAUGGAGUGUGAAGCCUGUGGGAUGGGAGGACUGCAGCCUCGUCCAUCCUGUGUGCCUAACCCCUGCCACCCAGGAGUGAAGUGUAUGGAGACACCUCAGGGCAUAAAGUGUGGACCCUGUCCUGAAGGCAUGGAGGGAAACGGUACUCACUGCACUGACGUGGACGAGUGCACUGUGAUGCCGUGUCACAUGGGCGUGCGCUGCAUAAACACCUCCCCGGGUUUCCGCUGUGGUUCCUGUCCUGCUGGAUACACGGGCCCCCAGGUGCAGGGCGUCGGACUCGCCUACGCCACCGCCAACAAACAGGUGUGCAGAGAUAUCAACGAGUGCGAAGGCUCAAACAAUGGAGGCUGUGUGGAGAACUCCGUCUGUAUGAACACCCCUGGCUCAUUCAGAUGUGGUCCCUGUAAGACUGGCUACGUUGGGGAUCAGCGACAUGGCUGUAAGCCGGAGAGGGCCUGUGGGAAUGGCCAACCCAACCCCUGCCACGCCAGCGCUGAGUGCAUCGUCCAUCGAGAGGGUAAAAUCGAGUGUCAGUGUGGAGUCGGGUGGGCUGGCAACGGCUACCUCUGUGGGCCUGACAUCGACAUUGAUGGCUUCCCUGAUGAGAAACUGAGCUGUCCUGAGAGGAACUGUAACAAGGAUAAUUGUCUCACUGUGCCCAACUCUGGUCAAGAAGACGCUGACGGUGAUGGAAGUGGAGACGCCUGUGAUGAUGAUGCAGAUGGGGAUGGGAUCCUCAACACACAGGACAACUGUGUGUUGGUGCCAAAUGUGGACCAGAGGAACAUCGAUGAGGACGACUUUGGAGACGCCUGUGACAACUGCCGCGCUGUCAAAAACAACGACCAAAAAGACACAGAUGUGGACAAAUUUGGUGAUGAGUGUGAUGAAGACAUUGAUGGGGAUGGAAUCCUCAAUCACUUGGAUAACUGCAAAAGGGUUCCUAACGCUGACCAGAAAGAUCGUGAUGGGGACAAAGUGGGAGACGCCUGCGACAGCUGUCCUUACAUUCCAAACCCUGACCAGACGGAUGUGGACAACGACCUGAUUGGAGACCCCUGUGACACCAACAAGGACAGUGACGGCGACGGUCACCAAGACUCUCGGGACAACUGUCCAGCCGUCAUCAACAGCUCCCAGCUGGACACGGACAAGGACGGCAAGGGAGACGAGUGUGACGAUGACGACGAUAAUGACGGCAUCCCAGACCUGCUGCCACCUGGUCCUGAUAACUGCCGUCUGAUCCCCAACCCUCUGCAAGAGGACUCCAACGGUGAUGGUGUGGGUAAUGUAUGUGAGAAGGAUUUCGACAACGACACUAUCGUCGACACCAUCGAUGUUUGUCCAGAAAACGCAGAGGUCACCCUGACUGACUUCAGGGAGUACCAGACCGUCGUUUUAGAUCCGGAGGGAGAUGCUCAGAUUGACCCCAACUGGGUGGUGCUGAACCAGGGAAGAGAGAUUGUCCAGACUAUGAACAGCGAUCCCGGGUUGGCUGUUGGUUACACUGCCUUCAGCGGAGUGGAUUUUGAAGGGACGUUUCACGUAAACACGGUAACGGAUGACGACUACGCAGGAUUUAUCUUCGGGUACCAGGACAGCUCCAGUUUCUACGUGGUGAUGUGGAAGCAGGUGGAACAGAUCUACUGGCAGGCAAACCCGUUCAGAGCUGUGGCAGAACCAGGCAUCCAGCUGAAGGCUGUCAAGUCGGACACGGGUCCAGGUGAAAACCUGAGGAACGCCCUGUGGCACACCGGCGACACGAGUGACCAGGUCAAACUCCUGUGGAAAGAUGCUCGCAAUGUUGGCUGGAAGGACAAGACUUCUUACCGCUGGUUCCUCCAACACCGCCCUGCUGACGGCUACAUCAGAGUCCGUUUCUACGAGGGUCCUCAGAUGGUGGCGGACACAGGCGUCAUCAUAGACGCCACAAUGAGAGGAGGUCGACUCGGAGUCUUCUGCUUCUCCCAGGAGAACAUCAUCUGGGCCAACCUGCGUUAUCGCUGCAACGACACUCUUCCUGAGGACUUUGACACCUACAGGGCCCAGCAGGUCCAGCUGGUGGCCUGAUGACAGCAAACAGGUCCGGGGGAUCCUGAGAACACUUUCCAAUGCACAACUGGGGUCAGAAAU